UCUAAACCUCCCUCUCACAGUGUCUCAAACUCCUAUCUUCUUUCCCUCCAAUCCAACUAACCAACCCCAAUUACCCCCUUUUUUUUUUCUUCUUCUUCUUUGUUUCAUUCAUUGAUUCACUCACAGUUAAGCUUAUUCCUUUCUCCCUCUUGCUCCUAAAAUUAUGUAUGCAAACCGUAAUUUACCCUUUUUCUGUCUUUGGUUAUCAUUCUAAUUCCACACAGUGAAGGUUAGAGAGAGAGAGAGAGAGAGAGAGAGAGAGAUGGGGCAAGAGAAUGUGUCAGGUCACAAGAGAAGCAACAGCGCGAGUUUGCCAACCACGAACAGCAGAGGGCGUGUGAAUCUUCCCCGUGGCCGUCAGAUCCACAAGACAUUCAACAACAUCAAGAUCACCAUCCUCUGCGGCUUCGUCACCAUCCUCGUACUCCGCGGCACCAUCGGAGUCAACCUCGGAUCCUCCGAUGCCGACGCCGUCAACCAGAACCUCAUCGAAGAGACCAACCGAAUACUCGCCGAGAUCCGAUCCGACGCCGACCCCUCCGAUCCCGCCGACGAGACUCUUCUGAACCCUAACGCGACCUUCACGCUUGGCCCCAAGAUCACCAAUUGGGACCAAGAGCGCAAGGCCUGGCUCGAUCAAAACCCUGAAUACCCAAACCACAUCAAAGGUAAAGCUCGAAUCUUGCUCCUCACUGGGUCCCCACCGAAGCCCUGUGACAACCCAAUUGGGGAUCAUUACUUGUUGAAGUCAAUUAAGAACAAGAUUGAUUACUGUAGAUUACAUGGGAUUGAAAUUGUGUAUAAUUUGGCUCAUCUGGAUGUGGAGCUUGCUGGUUAUUGGGCUAAGUUGCCUAUGAUUCGGAGGUUGAUGUUGUCACACCCUGAGGUGGAGUGGAUUUGGUGGAUGGAUAGUGAUGCUUUUUUUACUGAUAUGGUGUUUGAGCUUCCCUUGACUAAGUAUGAUGAGUAUAAUUUGGUUCUUCAUGGGUACCCUGAUUUGUUGUUUGAGCAAAAGUCUUGGAUUGCAGUGAAUACUGGGAGCUUUCUUUUUAGGAAUUGCCAGUGGUCUUUGGAUUUGCUUGAUGCUUGGGCUCCCAUGGGUCCCAAGGGUCCCAUUCGCGAAGAGGCCGGUAAAGUUUUGACGGCCAACCUGAAGGGGAGACCGGCAUUUGAGGCUGAUGAUCAAUCUGCAUUGAUUUAUUUGUUGCUUAGCAAGAAGGAACGUUGGAUGGAAAAGGUGUUUCUUGAGAAUUCAUUCUAUUUGCAUGGUUACUGGGCUGGGUUGGUUGACCGGUAUGAAGAGAUGAUUGAGAAGUAUCAUCCGGGAUUAGGGGAUGAGAGGUGGCCAUUUGUGACACAUUUUGUGGGGUGUAAGCCCUGUGGAAGCUAUGGAGAUUAUCCUGUUGAGAGGUGCCUCAGUAGCAUGGAAAGGGCUUUCAAUUUUGCUGAUAAUCAGGUGCUCAAACUCUAUGGGUUCAGGCAUCGCGGUCUGUUAAGCCCUAAGAUCAAGAGAAUCAGAAAUGAGACUGUUUCUCCUUUGGAGUUUGUAGACCAGUUUGAUAUUCGAAGACAUUCUACAGAAAGCGGUCAAUUAAAAAGCUAGUGAGAAAAAACUUGUUUGAUGGUGAUAAUUAUAUAGACAGUAAUUAAUUGGAAGUGGAAUUCGAUUUGGUGACACUUCACAUGUAACUUCUGCUUGUUCUUUUGUCUUGGUACUUCUUUGAGAAUGUUAGGAUAGAAUUCUUUCGUAAGUUAUCUUCUUUCUACUAUGUUUGAGCAAUCAGCAAACAAAUUUUAUUUACUGAUCUGCUGUAUACUGAGCUUCCUUUGUACUUCUCUUUUGGGGCAUUAAUUCAU